AUGCCUUUCCAAGCACUCAGUUCAUUCAAGGAAAAAAUCCUGAAUCCUGGAAAGGAGGAGGCAAAGAAUAACAUCAGUGACUCACUGGGGCACCUGCAAAGGAAAAUUGAUGGGAGAAAUUUUGAGGAAGAUAAUAUAGAACUGAAUGAAGAUGGACAGCCUGUCCAAGCCCCUACUUAUACACUCCCAAGAUUUGACUGUCAUUGCUGUGGUUUGCCCAAGCGUUAUAUAAUUGCCGUUAUGACUGGCUUGGGUUUCUGUAUCUCCUUUGGAAUUAGGUGUAAUCUUGGUGUAGCUAUUGUCGAAAUGGUAAAUAACAAUACUGUUUAUGUUGAUGGAAAGCCAGAAAUUCAGAAAGCUCAGUUCAGCUGGGAUCCAGAAACUGUUGGCCUGAUCCAUGGAUCAUUUUUCUGGGGAUACAUUGUGACCCAGAUUCCUGGAGGAUUCAUAGCAAAUAAGCUUGCUGCCAAUAGGGUAUUUGGUGCUGCUAUUUUUUUAACCUCAGUCCUAAAUAUGCUAAUUCCAUCAGCAGCAAACGUACAUUUUGGGUGCGUUAUAUCAGUUCGUAUUCUCCAAGGUCUAGUUGAGGGAGUGACGUACCCAGCAUGCCAUGGUUUGUGGAGUAAGUGGGCGCCCCCACUGGAGAGAAGCAGACUAGCAACUACUUCUUUCUGUGGAUCCUAUGCUGGUGCAGUUAUCGCGAUGCCACUAGCAGGGAUACUUGUACAGUAUAUUGGCUGGUCAUCUGUUUUUUAUAUUUAUGGGAUGUUUGGCAUUAUCUGGUACGUGUUCUGGCUUCUGCAUGCUACAGAGAGCCCAGCUGAACAUCAUUUCAUCAGCCCUGAGGAAAGAUCAUACAUUGAAUCAAGUAUAGGAGAAGGCAGCAGUUUAAUUACAACCAGCAAAUUCAAAACCCCUUGGAAGAAGUUCUUUACUUCAAUGCCAGUCUAUGCAAUCAUUGUAGCUAAUUUUUGCCGAAGUUGGACAUUUUACUUAUUGCUCAUCAGCCAGCCUGCUUACUUUGAAGAAGUCUUUGGGUUCCCAAUAAGCAAGGUUGGUCUACUGUCGGCAGUACCACACAUGGUGAUGACAAUAAUUGUACCCAUUGGAGGACAGCUGGCUGAUUUUCUAAGAAGCAGGCAGAUUUUGAGCACCACGACUGUAAGGAAAAUCAUGAACUGUGGAGGUUUUGGAAUGGAGGCCACGCUACUGCUGGUAGUUGGAUAUUCUCAUACUAAGGUCAUUGCGAUUUCUUUCCUUGUUCUUGCUGUUGGAUUCAGUGGCUUUGCUAUAUCAGGUUUUAAUGUGAACCACUUAGAUAUUGCCCCCCGUUAUGCCAGCAUUCUCAUGGGGAUCUCAAAUGGAGUUGGAACCUUAUCUGGAAUGGUGUGUCCACUCAUUGUCGGCGCUAUGACAAAGCACAAGACACGUGAAGAAUGGCAGAAUGUAUUUCUAAUAGCAGCGAUAGUCCAUUAUAGUGGUGUUCUAUUUUAUGGCAUCUUCGCUUCAGUGUGAGAAGCAAGACUGGGCGGAUCCAGAAAGCCUUAGUGAAGAUAAGUGCGGAAUUAUUGAGAAUGAUGAGCUGGCGGAGGAAACUGAACUGAACAAUGAAUCAUUUAGCAGUCCAACAAAAAAAAUGAGUUAUGGCGCCACCAUCCAGAGUAACGAAGUACGCAGGGCAGGAUGGAAGAAACAGAAGGGAAU